UGAUUCCAGUGUUUUAAAUUUCUCAAGUUUCAAAAUGUCUUCUCAAGAUAAUAAUAUUCGCCACUUGUAUUUAUUUCUGUACAAAUCUCCCAAGAAGUUAUUAAAAUUCCAUCAAGAGAUGGGCGUUCUAGAGGGCGUGAGUUUUACGCUGCAGUUCUUUCCAAUAAUCCUCCAAUGACAGCUCAUUGUUUACACAUUCGACCAAUCAGCGCACUUUAGUUUGUACCCCGCUAAGAGCUCCACCUACCGUCUGAAAAUGACGCGCGUUAUCUUGUCGCCUAAUCUGUAACCUCUGUCCACGUAUUGAAAUUUAAUAUUUUAAAACAAAAACACAAGCGAAAAGUCAGACAAUAUCUUUAAUUGAGAUUAUCGGCACAUCCCAAAUGCCGAACUUUGGAAAUUAGAAGUCACCGGAACAUGAAAUUAAAACUCAAGAAUUGGGCACAGGUGUUCAUUUCAAGUGGUUAACGUUCACUUCGUUAGAUAGGUAACUCGUAUAACGGCAUUGGUAACAAGACACCGGUUCCCAGCCUUGUUAUUGCUAGUUUACGUUUUGAGAUUUGAAUUAAUUUUUAAUUCUUCUCAUUUAAAAAGACGUGUGGGAAAAUUCUACAAGUGUUAAUUUCUUUAGAAAGGAAACUGGUUUCUCACAAUCUCGCUUCAUAAUUAUUCAACAAACAAUUAACUAAUAAAAUCCAACUGUUCUACGUCAGAAAAAGGAAGACAAAUUUAAAAGUUAAAAAAUUAUUCCAGCACACUUGGAUCUACAUUCCAACAGAGCUUGCGAGAAAAUGGGAGUGAAACUUCGCCUGAAAACUUCGCUAGAGAAAGUGUGACUGAAAUAAUACAUUCGAGUUUAAUUUGACGUGCUCGAGCAAUCGAACGUGCCCAAUCACUAAAAGCCGGAACCAACAUCGAACGUUCAUUAUCUGCAGCCGGGUGCCCGGUCCAGUAGCGAGGCCAUGCUUGGUCGUCUGUAAAAACAAGCAGCAGUGACAAACGUGCUCGAUCGACGGUUUUGGAAUCUACACUCGAUUCGCAGACGCGAACUGAACGUGCCGUCGAUUGGAAAUUGUGGACUUAAACAAAUUAUUCGAAUUGUACAAAAUGAAUUGACAUACUUGUAACAAUACACAGGAUCGUGUUGUUUCGACGUUUCUAAAAUUUGAUUUAUAGGAUCGUUAUGCAAGGUCUCCGGUUAUGAAGGACAAGUCUAAGAACGCCGCACGGACGCGGCGCGAGAAGGAGAACGCGGAGUUCUACGAGCUGGCGAAGAUGCUUCCUCUGCCGACGGCCAUCACGAGCCAGCUGGACAAGGCGUCCAUUAUCCGCCUCUCCACCAGCUACCUGAAGAUGAGAACCGUCUUCCCGGAUGGUCUGGGUGACCAGUGGGGCCAAGUUCCAUCCAAGCACCGGACACCGCUGGAAAAGGAGCUCGGAUCUCAUCUUCUACAGACGCUGGACGGGUUUAUAUUCGUGGUAGCGCCGGACGGGAAGAUUAUGUACAUCUCGGAGACGGCGUCCGUCCAUCUGGGUCUCUCUCAGGUAGUUGAGCUUACCGGAAGUUCGAUAUACGAGUACAUCCACCCGAGCGACCACGAUGAGAUGGCGGCCAUCUUAACCAUGCAGCAGCCUUGCAACCCGCAUGUUAUACGAGAGUUUGAGGUAGAGAGGUCUUUCUUCAUCCGAAUGAAGUGCGUUCUUGCCAAACGAAACGCUGGACUGUGCUCAGGAGGCUACAAGGUGAUUCACUGUAGCGGCUACCUGAAGGUCCGCAACUGUCCCGUGGAGCCGUCGCCGUAUGAUCCGACGGGAAGCGGCAGCUUCAUCCAGAACGUGGGUAUGGUGGCUGUUGGGCACUCCCUGCCGCCCAGUGCCAUCACCGAGAUCAAGAUGUUCAACAAUAUGUUCAUGUUUCGCGCCAGCCUCGAUCUCAAACUCAUAUUCCUGGACGCAAGGGUAGCCCAGUUGACGGGGUUCGAGCCCCAGGAGUUGAUCGAGAAGACCCUGUACCACCAUAUACACGUGUCUGACAUUAUCAACAUGAGGUUCGCCCACCAGACACUAUUGAUGAAGGGUCAGGUGACGACGCGCUACUACCGGUUCAUGUGUAAGGACGGUGGCUGGGUUUGGGUGCAGAGCUACGCCACCAUUGUCCACAACAGUCGCUCAUCCCGGCCUCAUUGCAUCGUCAGCGUAAACUACGUUCUCAGUGACGUUGAGGCCGCCCAGUUGCGGACACAUGUUGACCAGACGCCGCACAAAGAUGUUCCCGAAUUUGCUCUUCAGGACAGACACAAACUUGGUAAAUCUCGGACACCCAAGUCCAAACACAGACAAUCACCAUAUCCAGCCCUUAGUGAUUCCAGAGACUUCGCACCCGACUAUGAAAAUGGAUUUAAAAGUGACCUUGACAUCGGAAGUCCCAUACACGGGUUUCAGGGUAUACCGUACUCGCCAGGGCUUCUCAGCGCGCAUGACGCACUGGAGCGGUACAGUGCGUUAUACGCACCGUAUUCAAACACUGGAUCUCACGCGUUCAAAGACUGUGCUUACAGCUACGCACCACAUCAAAGUCACUUUGACAGUGGGCAAUACAGACAGCCAGUUUGUGAUGAGAGGUUUUCUACACGUGACAAUAACACUGACUUCAUUCAUUUGCACACACUAAGAGGCGAAGAGCCAAAGCUGGAUGAAACAAUACAGCUCACGCCACUGUCCCGAGAAAUUAGGAACCCUGCGAGUUGUUCAAGAAGCAGUAGUCGAGGCGAAGCCUUAAUGUCAGGUAAUAGGUCAGAUUCUUCCGCGUCAGAUGUUGACGUCAUUUCCGAUGACCUAGAUGUAAAUAAAAUUGAAAACAACCACUGCCCAAAACUAGGUAGUGACCAUUCAAAUGUGCCAAAUGAGCCUGUUCAACAAUCAGUGAUAAUGAGAAUGCCAAAUGUGAAUCAAACUUUCCCUCCGUCCCCGAGGUAUAGCUGUGAUUUCAACAAGUCAAAUAUGUCUAAGUCACCGCGGUCUGCGCAUGCGCACGCGGAAGUUGUUAAAUAUUCUCCCGAGCAAGAAAAUAGUCCAAGCUUAAAUUUCUUCAAUGAGGAUUCACCUGACAAAUUGUAUGAUGGUUUGAAACAAAUCAACACCAAAGCAUUGACUGAGGAUCCUAUUAUGCAGUGUUUACGAAAUGGUUACGGAUAUGAGUCCUACAAUACCGGAACAGUUUACCCGACCCAGGGCCUACCAAGUAAGCCGUACGGCAUGCCUCAGGCUGGCUACACUAGUGUCAUUGUGGAUGCACAGCAAUAUCAGAUGGCCAAUGGAUUUGUUCAUUGAUAGUUCUAAAAUACACAAGAUCCGAAAUUAGAAUAAUGUUAAAUCGUGCAUGAAUACAAAAGGCUUUUGUACGUGUAGUAAUCGUAAAUGAACUACGUUUUUUUCAGGAAUCAUUUAGUCUGAUUUAUAAAAUACCUAGUCGAAAACAGUUGACAUACGUGCUUCAGUAUCUAAAGAUAGCAAUAGUUACAUAUCUGUGACAAAAGUGUUUCCAUAGAAAUGACAGCGACGGUGAAAGGGCACCCCAAACACAUUUCGAGUAGUUGUAAAAUGCGCAAGCUUACCAUAAAUCGUUAUAUUUAUACAUACUUUUUUCAAUGAUGUCGUUUAAGAAAGAGUCCCUGUUGCGCCUGUGCAUGCGGUUGAUAAAAAUAGAUUCGAGGAAUAUGUAACAUUAAACAGAAAGUAUGUUUGAUUACCCCAAAUCUUUCAACCCUAUGUAUGUAUGGUAAAGUAUUUAUUCAGUGGUGCUAUUUCUAAGAUUCAUGUUAAUGUCAGCUGGAGUUUAUUGUUUAUGCUAUAUUGAUCUUGUUACAGAGAAAUAAAAGUUUAAAAUUCCA